AGCAGAACAAACAAAUAGAUCUUAGUUUUUGUUUCUCCUCUUUCAACUCCGUUCCGUUUUUUCUCCCAAAUCCCCGGUUCCCUUCCACGUGGAGCACCGGAUCCUUUCUCCGCCAUUAACCCUCCUUUUUCCGGCGACUUCACGGCUCCCUCCGAUUCUCCUCCUCCAUGAAUCCCGAGUAUGAUUAUCUGUUCAAGCUCCUUCUUAUUGGAGACUCUGGUGUUGGCAAAUCAUGUCUUCUUCUGAGAUUUGCUGAUGAUUCAUACAUUGAGAGCUACAUUAGCACCAUCGGAGUUGAUUUUAAAAUACGAACUGUUGAGCAGGAUGGGAAGACGAUUAAACUUCAGAUUUGGGAUACUGCUGGACAAGAACGGUUUAGAACAAUAACCAGUAGCUACUAUCGCGGGGCACAUGGAAUCAUUAUUGUUUAUGAUGUGACAGAUGAAGAGAGCUUCAAUAAUGUGAAGCAGUGGCUCAGUGAAAUCGAUCGCUAUGCUAGUGACAACGUCAACAAACUCUUAGUUGGAAACAAGAGUGAUCUGACAGCAAAUAGAGUUGUCUCAUAUGAAACAGCCAAAGCGUUUGCCGAUGAAAUAGGCAUUCCUUUUAUGGAAACUAGUGCAAAAGACUCUACAAAUGUCGAACAAGCAUUCAUGGCCAUGUCUGCUGCCAUCAAGAAUAGAAUGGCGAGCCAACCAGCCGCAAACAAUGCAAGGCCUCCCACAGUGCAGAUCAAAGGACAGCCAGUUGGACAGAAAAGUGGGUGUUGCUCUUCCUAGUCAGAUAAUGUUACAGAUCCUUUUUCACUUGGUCUGCUAGUUGCUCUGUUCCAUGUAAGAUUUGUCAUUUUAGUAAGUAGUGGAUCCAUGUCAUAUAAUUUGUCCUGUGGUUUGAGAAUUGACCUAGAUGAUCCCAUUCUUUACAUAUACUUAAAUGGUAUGUUUGGGCUUAUUAUAUUAGCACUCGUUAAUGAUAAAUCUAUAUCUUCCAGCUCAUAUCUUCACUAAGUUUUCUUUCAGUUUCUGUCUUAGAACUGUAUAAUUUUGCACAAUAUGUACCCUAUAAUAAAUGUUUAUCUGGUUCUAGCCGUCA